AUGCUCUUCAACCGGCUCAACCCCAAGAUCCAACCCUUCUACCACAGCCUCGAGGUCCCGACCUCCCCUCGCGAGUGGCCGGCUUUGCCUGCAGGGUACCCGCACCGUGCCAGCAUCAACAGCUUUGGCUUCGGAGGCGCCAACGCGCACGCCGUCAUCGAGAGCUACUACAUGACGCCGCAAGGUCACGGUUCGCUCGAGAUCCAACACGCCCAGGAGGAACAACCUGCACUUCCCCUGGGCCCGUACGUCUUCUCCGCCGCGUCGGAGCAAUCCCUCGUUGCGAACCUCGACGCCUACUCUGCAUAUCUGGCCAGACCAGAUGCCACCACGCUGAACCCUCGCGACCUGGCAUGA